UUGGCCAUGGAGAAAAUCAGCUAAGCCGAGAAGCAUGGCGCUGGUCGAGCAGCUCGGCUUGAAAUCGGUGAGUUCUUCGCAGCUGGGCGUUGCCCUGUGGAGGAAUUCUAUGAUGCUGCUAUUGCAGCGGCAUUCGCCGGUCUCCUCCUCUCCAUUCCUUCCCGCUUCUAGAAAAUCUCUGCCAGUUUUUUUGCCAAGAAGAUGGGAGCUCCAAAUCAGCGCGAGAGGGAGUCCUGUCUGCCAGUUCGCUUCUGCCGCAUCCGAGAAUGCGUACUUGAGAAAGAACGAUCAACUGCCUGUUCGUUUCGAGCUGGAGAAGCUGGGCAUUGUCAUGGAUGAUUGGACGCUUGGGAAAGAGCAUCGUCUAAUAUGUCCCCAGUGUAAUGGAGGUACCACAUACGAGCCCAGCUUUUCUUUGAGGCUUGAGGACGAAUGGACAGCCAUUUGGAAAUGCCAUCGGAGCACUUGUGGAUAUCAUGGAAAGGCAAAUGUACCACAUGAGAACGGAAGUGCCUUGACCAAGCGACAAAUGGCAGCAGCUUACCAUUGGAGAAAUCCCAAAAUCACAGAGUUUUCACGCACAAGCUUGAAUUUACAACCUUUGAGCGAUGAUGUUAUCAAAUGGUUCGCAACCCGUGGUAUAUCUCAAAAAGUAUUGCAACGAAAUAGAGUAGAACAGAUUUACAGUGGCUCAGAGCUGGCUAUUGCAUUUCCUUAUUACAAAGAGAACAAAAUCAUCGACUGUAAAUAUCGAACCAUACCCGAAAAACGCUUUUGGAAGGCACGGGGCGCUGCAAGGAGAACAUUCUAUGGCUUAGAAGAUAUUAAAGGGAGAGACGAAGUUGUCAUUGUUGAAGGUGAAAUGGAUAAGCUUUCUAUGGAAGAAGCUGGUAUCAUAAACUGCGUUAGCGUGCCCGAUGGUGCGCCUGUGAAGGCUGCUGACGGUGAAACGCCAGAUCCUGAGGAGGACAAAAAAUUCUCAUAUCUUUGGGAUUGUAAGGAACAAUUUGGAAAGGUGACUCGAAUAUUUCUGGCCACCGAUGCGGACGGUCCCGGACUUGCUCUUGCCGAGGAACUCGCUCGACGUUUCGGUCGUGAGCGUUGUUGGCGCGUGAACUGGCCAGUCGUCGACGGAAAGCAGUUGAAAGACGCUAACGAGGUGCUGCUCACGCUCGGGCCAGAAGCGCUGCGAGAAGUUGUUGCGAAAUCGGAGCUCUAUCCAAUUCGUGGACUUUUUCAGUUCUCUAAUUUUUUCAAGGAGAUUGACGAUUACUACCAUAUGCGUGUUGAGGAGGCGGAAGGUGCUUCCACUGGAUGGAAGGGACUAGAUGAGUAUUAUACGGUUGUUCCUGGAGAAUUGACAAUUGUGACCGGAGUUCCGAAUUCUGGCAAAAGUGAGUGGAUCGAUGCACUGGUCUGUAAUCUGAACCGCUCCAAAGGCUGGAGUUUUGCGCUGUGCUCCAUGGAAAAUAAGGUGACGGACCAUGCUCGGAAGCUUAUUGAGAAGCAUUACAGAAAGCCGUUUUUUGAGGCCAAGUAUAGUAACUCCACGCCCAGACUGACUCCGGAAGAGUUUGCUGCUGGUCUAGAAUGGCUGGACAACCAUUUCUAUUUAAUCAGAUGUGAGAAUGAGAAGCUUCCAUCUGCUGAUUGGGUUUUGGAUCGAGCAAAAGCAGCGGUUCAAAGAUAUGGCAUACGAGGAUUGGUCAUAGAUCCUUACAAUGAACUAGACCAUCAGCGCUCUAGCAGCCAGACUGAAACAGAAUAUGUUAGUCAGAUACUAACCAAGAUCAAACGCUUUGCUCAACACCAUGACUGUCACGUUUGGUUCGUCGCUCAUCCGAGACAAAUGCUCAACUGGCAAGGACAACCGCCAAAUAUGUAUGACAUAAGUGGAAGCGCUCAUUUUAUCAACAAGUGCGACAACGGCAUUGUAGUUCAUCGAAACCGGGACGCAGAGAAGGGUCCUCUGGAUCAAGUCCAGAUUCUUGUUAAAAAGGUUCGCAACAAGAUAGCCGGGCAGAUUGGUGAAGCCGUCUUGAAAUACGAUAGAGUAACUGGUUUGUUCUCCGAUGCCGGGCCUGUAUGAACAAGUUCGUGGAGAAGCUCCAAUUUUGUGUUAGUGCAAUGGAGGUAAUGGACGUAGAGCCUGAUGACGUGAACCUUGCUUUGUAGAUUCACCACGGAUCUAUAAACAAGUUUGUAUAUGACGGUAGGAUAUGAUUUUCUUCUCGAGAGACUUUAGAACAUUCUGCAAAUAAGCUAAUUAUCAAUUUCCAAGAUGAUUACAAGAGGAUCUAUAAACAAGUUUGUAUAUGACGGUAGGAUAUGAUUUUCUUCUCGAGAGACUUUAGAACAUUCUGCAAAUAAGCUAAUUAUCAAUUUCCAAGAUGA